CUAAAAUGUUCCAAAUUAUUAUUCAUUUUCUUUACUUCCUACAUGGUCUACUUGCUAUACUCAAGUAUACUUGAGUGUACUACUUUCUGCAAAGAUUAGACAAAUGGUACAAGCUGACUAUGAUAAACUGAUCAAACAAUGUUUUGCAAAAAAGAAAAAAGUUUGAGGUUUUUAAGAAAAAAAGUGCAUUAAAUCUUGGAUGUUUAUGUAUUUGUCAUGGAGUCUGCACGUUAGCUAUACUGUGGUAGCCCUUAGCAAAAAGUAGUCUAUUUAAUUGCACUACAAGUAUAUUUAUCUAUAUAUUUUAAACUAAAAAUGUUCCGUUUCAGUAUUUACAAGUAUUCUGUUGGUUUUACUUCCUACAGGCCUACUUAUACUCAAGAUACAAUUAACUUCAAGUGCACUACUUAUGCUAAGGGGUGAGACAAAAAAAGGACAUGCUUACUGAUAAACAGAUAAUAUUAUGGUUUGCUAAAGAAAAAAAAGUGUUUAUGAGGUUAUAUAAGAAAAAAAAGUUUGUGGAGAAUAAUGAGCACAAGUGAAGUCGAGUUUGAGGAGAGUUUUCACAUGCAGCCAGUUUGCAGACGCGUAGGCUGGAAGAACCCUCAACCAUCUAACCACCCUGCGCCUCUCCGAGAGCCGCGCUGAUUGGCUGGAGCCGCGUGAAGGCGGAAGUCCACAGAGCAGGGGAUUCCCCGAGGGAAGUUCCCAACUCCACAGGGCUAUGUAAAACAUAGUGUGCCAUAUCCUCUCCUGCGCUCGCUAACUUUGCAUCUCAGUACUGAGCGACGCCGCUGCGGUGGUGUCAAAACAACAAACUUCAAAAAGCAGCUCGAAUGAAGCUGUCAGUGUGAAGAACACGGAACUACCCGGAGAAGAAGUUUUUCAUGCCACUGAAGCUCCUCGGGAGGACUUCGGUGUGUCCCUGACAGAUGAGUGGGACUCUUCACAAUGGAGGUCUUCUGAAUCAUUGAUGAAGAAGCUCAUAAGGAAGACUGCCUCAUCCUCAGUUUUGUAAUGCAUCCUCUCAACACGUCGGUGGCGUCUGUUGCAACAGGCUCAUGUCUGCUGUGUCAGUGAUGAUCCCGGGGCACACGGCAUGGAAAGGAACAUUGGGGACCAGCUCAACAAAGCUUUUGAAGCUUAUCGCCAGGUCUCCAUCGAGAAGGACAAUGCUAAAAAGGAACUGCAGAAAAUGUCGGAAUAUUACGAGCGAUACACUCAAGGACUUCAAAAGAAGAUAGAGGACCAGCAGAGGCAGAUCUCUGAACUUACAGCUAAACUCUCAGCAAUGAGGCAGCCUUCAGGAGAGAUGAAAUGUGAGCCUUGCAACCAACUCCUGGAAGGGGCCAGCACUUACAAAACAGCGCAGUUCCCGGAGAAAAUUGGCUCUGUUGCAGUUGCUCCUAAUUUACCCGUCAGCGGCAGCGUUGAUUAUCAGGAGAUGCUGGAAGCGUUUGAGGCAGUUCAAGGCAAAUUCCGACACAUCCGGUCUCUCACCAGAAGGCAAAAAGACCACCUGAAACGAUUCCACGGAGGGAGCGAGGCGUCGAACGAUCAGCGGUUCUCCAUGCCCAUCCAGUGCACAGACCGAACCGCAGAGGCGGAACGAGCCUUCCCCUCAGCUUUAAGGCCCGACAUCCCUCACCUGCACCCAUCUCUGGCGUCCCGUGGCGCCAACCAGGAGGACCGGGACUUGGUAGACUCUCUCACCAAACUCAGUGUCAAAUUCCCACCCUCAGCAGACAGUGAAUACGACUUCCUAAACAGUGCUCCGGAGAGAAAGAUUGGGCUGGCCAUGCCCAUGGAGCGGCCUCUGGGGAGCGUCUCUCCAGCACUGACAGAGGAGGAGCCUGUGGAACUGCCCAUACCUUUUGUCUACCAAACAUCCCCCACCCACUCAGCAUCAUCCUCACCCUCCCAGGAGAGCGUGCGGGGACCCCAGCAGUCUAUUUGGAGCCCCGAGCUGUGUGAUGCGGUGGACGUGAGGGAGGAGCUGGGAGCAGCUUCCAACAGCAGCAGCAGCAGCCCGAAUAAAUGCGCUUUCUGCUACGCCGUGGUUCCUCAGGACCGAAUGAACAGCCACCUCUACUCCCAUUGCUCCCCAAAAACCGAGGCUGACAAUUGACAGCGAGAAAACGGCGAGCAACUGGCAAGGCUCCCAGCCACUUCCAGACUUUGACUGUCGUUCAUGGCCGAGUCCCGCCCGCCGUGAAGUACGAGCGCUGUACAGGAUUUGACACUGCAACAAGACUUGAAUGCAUUUAUUUAAUAUUAAAAAAAAUAAUAAAGUGGUACACUUUCUUGACCUU